AACGUACAGUGUACAACUCGUGUAUUCUACGUAGUUCCAAGAGAGAUGGCAGAAGUCGCACCCGCUCCCGCCGCCGCGCCGGCCAAAGCGCCCAAGAAGAAAGCAGCUUCGAGAGCAAAAAAAGCCGGCCCUAGCGUCGGCGAGCUGAUCGUCAAAGCCGUUUCCUCGUCUAAGGAGAGGAGCGGCGUGUCUCUCGCUGCUCUGAAGAAAGCGCUGGCUGCCGGCGGAUACGAUGUGGAGAAGAACAACUCCCGCGUCAAGAUCGCCGUUAAGGGUCUCGUGACUAAAGGCACUCUGGUGCAGACCAAAGGGACCGGCGCGUCUGGCUCUUUCAAGCUGAACAAGAAGCAGACCGAAGCCAAGAAGCCCGUGAAGAAAGCCGCGCCCAAAGCGAAAAAGCCCGCCGCCAAAAAGCCCGCCGCUACUAAGAAGCCCAAGAAGGUAGCGGCAAAGAAACCCGCCGCCGCGGCCAAGAAGUCGCCUAAGAAGGCGAAGAAGCCCACAGCCGCCGCAAAGAAAGCCACCAAGAGCCCGAAGAAGGCGAAAAAGCCCGCGACCCCUAAAAAGGCAGCCAAGAGCCCCAAGAAAGCGAAAGUUGUCAAGCCCAAGACCACAAAGCCUAAAGCGGGAAAGGCGAAGAAGGCAGCACCUAAAAAGAAGUAAAGACGUUUGUUUCUU